AUGGAUAAAGAAUUAUUAAUUGAUUGUCUUUACAAUAAAGAACUCAUCAAAUAACAUCUUUCUUAAACAAGAAAAGCUUAAAAUGAUAUUUUAACAAAGAAACCAUCAUCUUAAUUUUAUCAUGUGCAAUCCUCCAAAUAUGGAGUUAGAUAGCCAGUUUAAAUAAAGAAUCCUUUACUUAUCAAAUCUUUAUUCUCAUCUAGAAAAUUUUCAAAAGAGAAAGAUAUAUCACUUCCUAUAUGUGCAUUUAAAAUUUUACCUACAUAAACAUUGGCUUCAUUUUAGACAGAUCGUAUACAUAGCAGAUGUCCUGCAUUUAAGAAGCUUAAACUAAAAUUGGGAUUGAAAUAAGCAAAAAGUGUUCCAGAUGAAUAAUUUAGAAUUGAAACGGCUCCUGUUUAAUGUAGAAGCUAAACUAAUACAAAAUAAUCAAUUAAUACAUUAUUAAAAAGUUAACCUAGUUAUGAAAAAAAGACAAAAAAGUCAGAACCUGCAUUUACAUUUAACAAAAAUGAUUGGGGUAUUGGUGGUUGGAAUAUAAUAGAAGAAAAUUAUGAUGCAAAGAUGUUUAUAGAUUGA